CGAGACCCCGCCGAUCGAGAUGUCAUGUUAAUUAAUUUGGCUUUGAGGCAUCGUGCUUAUCAGGUGAUCAUCGAAAUUGCGUGUGCUAACUCUCCCGAUGAACUCUUGGAAGUGAAGCAGGCCUACCAUUUACGCUACAAGCGUUCCUUGGAAGAAGAUGUUGCCUUACAUGCCAAAAAGCACCUCCGUCAGCUUUUGGUUGCAUUAGUUAGCACUUACAGGUAUGGUGGUGAUGACAUAAAUGCAAGCCUAGCUAGGGCAGAAGCUAAUAUUCUUCAUGAAGCUAUCAACGGAAAGCACAGGAGUAACCAUGAAGAGAUAGUUAGAAUCCUAGGCACAAGGAGCAAAGCACAGCUAAGUGCAACUUUUAGUCACUACAAGAUUGAGCAUGGUACUUCAAUAACCAAGGACUGUAAAUCUAAUCAAAAUGGAAGAGAAUUUUAUCGUAAAAUACCUCUUCGGGGUUUUAAGGACUCGUGGAAAGUUCCAGAUGAUGAAUUCUUAAUAGCAUUGCAUACAACUAUCCGAUGCAUCAAUGCCCCUCCAAAAUACUUUACAAAGGUGCUGUACAAUGAACUUCCUAAGGUGUGGACUAAUACGAACAUGAUCACACGUGUGAUUGUUAUGCGUGCGGAGAAGGAUUUGAAGGAAAUUAAGGAGUUUUUUUUCAAGAAAAAAGGUGUGACUCUUGAGUAUGUCAUAAGCGGGAAAAAAUUUAGGGACUACAAGGGUUUCCUCAUCACCUUAUUAGGAAUUCAAGGGCAUUAG